AUGACUCAACAAGACUCAAAGACACACGUGGUUGUCGGCGUGCUCUCCGUCCAAGGCUCCUUCAGGGAACACUUGGACCACCUGAAUGUUUUAUUCACAGACCUCAAUUCUGCUCCGGAGAAUAGCCAGCUGCAUUUUGCCGCAAGGACAGUCAGGCAGCCGAAGGAUCUGGACGGCCUGAGCGGCUUGAUUUUGGUUGGCGGCGAGUCCACGACCAUGUCGCUGCUUCUGCAACACAGCGGGCUAUUUGAGCCUCUAGCGAGGUUGAUCCAGUCAGGCAAGAUCGGUGUCUGGGGGACCUGCGCUGGCCUGAUUCUAAUAGCCAACCAGGUUAUCAACACCAAGGUCGACCUGGGGAGGCGCAAGUUCAGAGCUCUUGGUGGCCUGGACGUCUCGAUAGAGCGGAACUCGUUUGGACGCCAGGUCGACUCAUUCACUCAGGAGCUCAGCUUCCAAGCGUCAGGGGUAAAUUCUUUCGAAUGUGUGUUCAUCAGAGCGCCGGUUGUGUCUAGUAUUUUGGGCAGAGAGCGUCCCGUUGGCACAGAAAGCUCUGUGGUGGCAGACUUGUUUCAGACCAAUAACCAUCCUGUGGAGGUCCUUUCGGAGGUGGAAAAAAACGGCAAGACGCUGAUUGUUGCUGUUCGACAGGGCCACAUCCUUGGCACGUCCUUCCAUCCCGAGCUGGUGCCGGACUACCGCUUCCACAAGUGGUUUGUAGACGAAUUUGUUCUAAGGCGGUCGAUCGACGCAUAA